AUGCAAGUUUGUGCUGUGGUGGGAGAUAUUUCUCCACAGGGGAUCCCAACCACCACAGAAGUUGUUAGAGCUGGUUCGAUGAACAUCUUUGGAAGAAUAGACCUUGUAAACAUCAUUUCGUUCCAAUUUGAAGUGCUCACUUACAAGUUUAUGACUUUUAGUAGUCUAGUAAUGGUAUGGGAUAAGAUGGGCACUGAUGAGACCUUCACAUACCCAGUACGCCCACAUCACAUCAAUGAAGCUACAUUGGCUAUGACAGCUCCUGACAGUUGGUGUGUGAAGGACCUCUGCAAUCACUAUACACAGCUACCAAGCACCUCUCAAGACUUACAAGGUUACGUUAGAAUCACGGAUUCACCCACCAGACUGGAUGGACACAAAAUCCCUUCUUCCACCUUCUCGCCCAUUCUCUCUUCAACUUUCAACCUACCGAAACUCUUCCGGGACGAUCCUAUGGCUGACACCCUCAAUCAGGAUGUGCAAAGCGCAAUAUCACAUGAUCUAGGCUGGAGUCUCAAGAGGACAGAAGACCCUACAUUGCACGCACUGCCAAGUCAAGCUUGUGACAAAUGCACCAAGAUGAAACGAGGAUGCCAGAAAGUCGUGAUUGAGGAUAAAUGUACUUGUCUCCGCUGUCAUAGGUUGAAAGCUUCCUGUACAUACUUCCUUCCCAAACGGCAAGGGAACCGGACUGAUAGGAUCUCAGCAGCCUCAGCGACAAUCAACAUCAGGGCUCAGAGUGAUAGUCCUCAUAUGUCUACGACCUAUAAAUCGGGAGGGAUAUCAGACUCUCCAGCCCUCUCCAGGGGUCUUAGUCUUGGUGACACAUCAAGAACGUCUCUCUUGCAAUUUCCCAAGUACCCUGAAGCUGUUAUAGGGGACAGUGAUGAACACAAUGCUACUAUGCUCUGA